AUGAUUUUCUCGGGAAUUACUUUACUCUCUUUCUUUUACUAGCUUAUUGCCACUGCCACAGCCCAAACAUACAUUUCUUUAUUUUGUCAAAAAUUCAAAAAUAAAAAAUAAUAAUUCUCUUGAAAUCUGCGUAAGGUAUAGCGCAGAUUGAAGAUGGCGGGCGGAUACAGGGCGGACGACGACUACGAUUAUCUCUUCAAGCUGGUCCUGAUCGGCGACUCCGGCGUCGGCAAAUCCAAUUUGCUGUCCAGAUUUGCUCGGAAUGAGUUCAGCCUCGAGUCCAAGUCCACCAUAGGCGUUGAAUUCGCUACGCGCAGCAUCCGCGUCGAUGAUAAGAUCAUCAAGGCUCAGAUUUGGGAUACCGCCGGCCAAGAGAGGUACCGUGCUAUCACGAGUGCCUACUACCGUGGGGCCGUAGGGGCACUGCUCGUGUAUGAUGUCACCCGCCACGUCACCUUCGAGAACGUGGAGAGGUGGCUCAAGGAGCUCCGGGACCACACGGACCAGAACAUCGUCAUCAUGCUCGUCGGCAAUAAGGCGGAUCUUCGCCACCUCAGGGCAGUCUCGACUGAGGAUGGCCAGUCCUUUGCCGAGAAGGAAAAAACCUACUUUAUGGAGACUUCUGCACUCGAGUCCAUCAACGUUGAGAACUCGUUCACGGAGGUUCUCACGCAAAUCUACCAUGUUGUUUGCCGUAAAGCACUUGAUAUUGGGGAAGAUCCCUCGGCUCUUCCCAAGGGGCAGACUAUAAAUGUGGGGACUAAAGAUGAUGUGUCGGCUGUUAAGAAAGUCGGUUGUUGCUCUGUAUGAAAUUUUGGGAAAAAGAUUGAUGAUCGUCAAGUGGGCCAGGCCCGUUUGCCCGUUUGGGUUGUUUUUUUAUGAUCCGGGGAGAAAUUGGGUUGAAUCUUUUUGCAGCUCUGUCGGUUUUUCGUCGUUUUCUUCAGAAUUCACUUAACUUCUUUUUUUCAUUUUUUUUUCCCUUUUUUAUUUCUUUUUAACCUCAGCAUUCCUUAUAUAUGUAUUGCUGUGGUCAUGACUUUGGUGAAUCUUUAUGCUGUAUUAUUAUUAUGUUGCAUUUAUUAGUUUCGAUCGUGACAUCGUCGACAUUUUCUUUAAGCCUUCGACAUUUGUUUCGUCUGUGAAAUAUGAUUAUUAUGCUGUGUGAUAUCUGUAUUAAUUAGCUGCCAAUGUCAUAUAGAUUGGUUUAAACUAGAAUUGAAAUGUAUGUAUAAUAUCC